GCGCAGCUAACGUUAGCGGUCUAGACUAACAGAAAACUUGGGACUAUGACAGUAGUAGAAUAGCUGUCUGAGCUGCCUGAAAAUGAGGAAUAUACUGAUAAUUGCCUUUCUGGCUCCUUGUUGGGUCAACGGUGCUAUUAAGUCAAGAGUUACUACUGAGGAGAGUCACGAAGAAAACCCUGAGUUCGAUGCCCUGAACUCCGUCCUGUCGGACUUUGAGGUGCUGCCAUUGGCAGACCUCAAGCUGCAUUCUGUUAGGAAGAGGGACGUCCACACCCAGUCCCACCUGGAGCGCCUGGUCAGCUUCAGAGCACUACACAGGCAUUUCAAGCUUUACUUGACCACCAACACAGACCUUUUCACUGACAACUUCAAAGCUGUGUUUCUUGAUAAACAUGGGAGAGAGGAGAACUAUGAUAUUCAGCUUCAAAACUAUUUCACUGGACAUGUUGUCGGAGAGGAGAAUUCACGCGUGCAGGCUCACAUAGAUGGAGAUGAGUUUUCUGCUCACAUUCUAACUGAUGAAGCAGAGUACAACGUAGAGCCCCUGUGGAGGUUUACCGAUUCCCCAGCUGAUGGCAGGUUGCUGGUUUAUCGCUCCGACGACAUCAAGAAUCUGAGUCGCAUCGUCUCACCAAAAGUGUGCGGUUACGUCCACGCAGAGGACAUGGACCUGCUACCACAAACUGCCAGGAUGGACAGGGACGGGCAGGAGGUGGACCAGAAAAAGGAGUACCAUCACAGAGAGAAAAGAUAUGUCCACGACCACAAGAAGAAUACCUGCCCCCUGCUGCUGGUUGCUGAUUACCGGUUCUUUAAACACAUGGGCCGCGGACAAGAGAGCGUUACUCUCAACUACCUGAUUGAGCUGAUUGAUCGAGUUGAUGACAUUUAUAGGAACACAACCUGGGAUGAUGAAUUCAAAGGCUAUGGGGUUCAGAUCCAUCAGAUCAUCAUCAACAAGGAGCCUACAAGGUGUCCCCCUGAACUUGCUGGCACCAACUGGGUCCACUAUAACAUGGAGGACAGCCCUGUGAAAGGAAAAGAGGUCUGGGAUGUGAAGAGACUUCUGGAGCAAUUCAGCUCAGACAUCGCCGGCAAUGCCUCCACUGUGUGUCUGGCCCACCUAUUCACCUACCAGGAUUUUGAUGAGGGCACACUGGGGCUGGCGUACGUGGCUCCCUCCAAAGCUCAGGCCCUGGGCGGCCUCUGCCCCAAACCUUACUACCCAUAUCACUCUGCCAAGAAGCCCAGUUACCUCAACACAGGCUUGACCAGCACCAAGAACUAUGGCAAAACCAUCCUCACAAAGGAAGCAGAUUUGGUGACCACUCAUGAGCUGGGCCAUAACUUUGGAGCCGAGCACGACCCUGACAACAUCCCUUAUUGUGCUCCAAGUGACGACCAAGGGGGGAAGUUUGUCAUGUACCCCAUUGCUGUGAGCGGAGACCAUGUUAACAACAAGCGUUUCUCCAACUGCAGCAAGAUCUCCAUAGGAAAGACAUUACGUUCCAAGGCUCCAGUGUGCUUCAAGGAGAGAAACAGUAAGGUAUGUGGGAACUCCAGAGUAGAGGAUGGGGAAGAGUGCGACCCUGGGCUACUCCACCUCAACGAUGACCUCUGCUGCUCAUCUGACUGCAAGUUCAAAUCUGGUGCACAGUGCAGUGACAGAAACAGCCCUUGCUGUAGAAACUGCAAGUUUGAGCACGCAGGAGUCAGGUGUCAGGAACCCAUUAGUGCUACCUGUAAAGGCAUAUCUUCCUGCACAGGCAACAGCAGUGUAUGUCCACCUCCUGCGAAUGCAGCUGACGACACUAUAUGCGUGGACAACGGCCGGUGUCUCAAAGGAGAGUGCAACCCUUUCUGUGAGGCCAUGCAGAACCUUCAGUCCUGUGCCUGCAAUGAAACUGAGGACUCCUGUAAAGUGUGCUGCAGAAAAGAUGGCACCUGCUCUCCCUUCAUCCAGGCCAAUGGCAGCUUCCUUUUCCUUCGCAAAGGAAAACCGUGCACUGUGGGCUUCUGUGAUGAGGGCGGAAAGUGCAUGAAGCAGGUGCAGGAUGUGAUCGAGAGGUUGUGGGAUUUUAUUGACAAACUGGACAUUAACACGUUUGGGAAGUUCUUGGCUGAUAACAUAGUGGGCUCAGUCGUGGUGUUUUCCCUCGUCUUCUGGAUUCCUCUCAGUAUCCUGGUUCACUGUGUGGACAAACGACUUGACCAGCAGUAUGAGGAGAAUACAAAGUCCUUCUACUACCCUCCAAGUAGUCAAGAAAUGCUGAGCAACCUCGAGUCAACGUCCAUGCGCAUCGUCAAGCCUCCUCAGCCUCCCUUCUCCUUCGCCGGCCGGACCGCGCCCUCCUCCCUGCCCCAGCAGCCUCAUCAGCUGAGCCAGGUCGGGGGCACUUCUGCAUCCAGCAGCAGCAGCAGCAGCAGCAACAGCAGUACCCCGGCCCCUGGCCCGAGCUACGGCCCCACCCCGGACAGCGCAGGGGGGCUGCGGAUGGCCACCAUCCAGGAGGACACCAGCAGCGACUCUCACCUGGGAGAGGAGGGCCUGUCGGACGAUUUCACAACCGCCGGAGCCUGCUCGUCGGCUACGAAAUCCUCCUACGAGGAUCUGACAGAACAGAACCCACCAGCCAGGGACCGGCGGCGCCUCAAGAGGCAGGACUGCAUUGACACUAAAGAGACCGAGUGCUGAGAGUAAACAACCAGCACCAACAUGUACAUGCAUCCUGGUAUUUGUUUUACGGAACAUGCUAAUAUAAGCAGCAUUAUUGGCUUUUUUCUUAUCACAAGUCACAGACAGCAACUGUUUAGAGGCAAUAGCAUACAAAUUUUGUAGGUCAGAUUUGGUGUUUAACAGAGCCACGGACAACAUUUCAGGAUUUCAGGCAACACUAGAUGUGGAUAUUACUCAGUCAGCUGUAACUUGGAUUUAAUCACUAUAACUAAUGCAUGAGUAGUCUCAAAUCCCCAUGACUGCAGAAAAAUAGUUACUGAGUGAUUUCACGUUUUUGUGUGCCUGCAUGAAAUGAUGCUGUGCCUUUUUUAGUUGGGUAGAUGAUAUCCUUGUCCAGAUGAUGCCUGAAAAAUCGGUCGGUUCCUCAAACACAUCCUAGAGCUCACUUAUCUUUAUGUGAUAACCCAGCGGCUAAAUGGGUUUCUGAUUAUGUACAUUUUUUCUCAAGAACAAAAAUUAUCACAUUGAUUCCAAGGCUGUAUCUGCUGUGUUGCCAGUGUGCCCUGUUUAACUGAAGUGAGCUUUGAUUGUGGACCAUAAGGAAAAAAAAAAAAAGCAGUGUCAGCAAAAGUAUGUCAGUGUCAACCUUGUCUUUUGACCAGUAUAUGCUUGUGCACCAUGUAUUGUCUUGCAGUGCAACCUCACAGAUUUGCUCUAAGGAAACAUUUCAGUGUGAUAUGUUUAAGCAGGUGGACAUUGAACUUGACUUAUAAGAUGACUGAUUUAUCAUGAAUCUGUGUCAUAAUGGCACUUGAAGUAUUCUUCAUAUCACCAGAGAGUUGAAUUAAGUUUUAUACAUAUAAAAUGUAAAAUAUACUGGGCUGUGUCAUUAAUGGUUUCUUUUACUGUGCAAGUGAUGGAGUGGUAGUCUCUUCAGCAUUACACUUAUUCUAUUUGACCAACUGGUGAAACUUGGAGAGAACAUUAGUGUUGGUUAUUUAUUUGUUGUGUAUUUUUUCUGCGUGGUUGGUCCCUGUAUGAAACAACAUGGUGCCUUUUCAGAUGUUGUGCCUGACUGUUCUGACCUAUUUCUGUGCAAAAAGACAAGAAUAUUCCCUGAAGAUGAACAUGAAUCCGAACAAUCCUGAUUUUAAUUUUUAAAAGAAACUGCCCGAGGUGCUCUAAUGUUAUUUUUCCACUUAGUUUUGUGUCCUUGUGCCAAUGUGAGUUAUAGUACCUUUCUCUUAUUUAAUGCUGUCUAACCACUGUUGCCUGUUUUGUCACAUUAAAUUUGUUAAAUAACUAUUUAACUGUACGUCAGUAAAAAGAAGACUGUGUAGCUAACAUGGGCUCAACUUGAUGGAUGUGAACUGUUACACAAUGAGCAGAUGUUCUGUGCCCUGUGUUCUAAUGAUGUGUAUAUUUUCUCAUUGUUUCUUUGCUUUUAAAUAUUCACCCAUAUGUUCAUUUUUAUAAGUUUCUUGCUUGCAUUACCUAUGCACAUCUCAAAAUAAAAAUCUUUAUUAUG